UAAUUUUUAGAUAUUUACAUAAAAGCAAAUCUGGAAAUUUAAUUCAACAUCGAAAGCUAUGAAAUUUUUAUUAUAUAAUAUCUUCACUGAAAUAAUUAAAAUUCAUAGAAAAACAACUCUGAUAACCCUAGAGUUAUCUCUCUAUUUAGCAUUCCUAUGAUUCAAAGUUAUAAUUACGAAGAUUUGAGUAGUUAACGAGGGCCGUCCCCCAUAAAAUCACUAAUAAGAACGUAAUAAAAAGUGACUAGUUAAACAGAUGGAGAAUAAAGGACAGACGCAUCUCUGUUUGUAAAGAAGGAGGAAAAAUAAUUUACUUUAUAAUUCGAAUGUUCGCGGCCCCGGAAAGUACGAAACAAUUGUAUUUAUCGGAAGAAUGACUGAUUGCUAUGAGCAGAUUGCAAGGUUAUUAGGAGCGGGUCGAUUUUCAUGUUUAUACUACUCGAAGGCGAUAAUGCGUAUACCAGUCACUACGUAAACGUUGGUCGGGUCACUAUUAGCCAGGAUGUGACCUGCACGUCAGUAUCGAUUUACACAGCAUCUUUUUUUAUUCAAGAAUAUACUCGGUAUGUUCAUGGUGAAGAUAAUGUGGCAAAUAGUAAAAAUAAUGAAGAAAUGCCGUCGCAACUAGCAGUAACAUCUUGGAAUGACAUGCCUUUCUCAGGAAUUGUAGAAGAAAAUGGAAAGUGGGUCGGUAAAGGAUAUGCAUUUUACAUUUUUGACUUACUCAGUACGAAAUUAAAUUUCACCUAUACCAUUAUUCCACCAAAAGAACAUAUUUUGGGUGAUAAAAGUAGCGGUAUUCUUGGUUUACUUUACGAGAAGAAAGUAGACGUAGCUGUUGCGUUUCUUCCCGUAUUACCGGAAAUUGGACAAUAUUGUACGUUCAGCGCUCCACUAGAUGAAACGAAAUUAACUGCUGUGAUGAAGAGACCUCAGGAAUCAGCUACAGGUUCUGGUCUUCUGGCACCAUUCGAAAGAACCGUCUGGCUAUUAGUUUUAAUAUCAUUAAUUUUUGUGGGACCAAUUAUUUAUCUUUUCGCCAGUAUGAGAGCAAAAUUAUGGCACGAUCCAAGUUCUGAAAACUUCAGUUUGUCCUCUUGCUUCUGGUUCGUUUAUAGUUCUCUGUUGAAACAAGGAACGAAUAUUGUUGCUACAACAGAUUCAACACGAAUGCUUUUCGCUACAUGGUGGAUUUUUAUAUUGAUUUUGACAUCUUUUUACACGGCAAAUCUCACAGCGUUUCUUACAAAACCUCAAUUUACGCUCUCUAUUAGUUCCCUACAAGAUAUUGUUCACAAGGGAUACAGCUGGAUCACCUAUAAGGGACGAACGAUUGAUUUUCUUCUUUCUCAAAAUCAGGAGAACGAUUUGAGUUUAUUGAACGUAAGCAAAUUGCAAGGAAAAGGUGUUUUUAAGUACUAUGAGCAUUCAAGAGCUAUUUUAGAAUCAGUUACUACCAAAAGACUUUUCCUAGCAGAGGCACAUUACUUGCAAACUUUAAUAUUCAAAGACUACAUGAAUAAAACGCGUCAUCAUUUACAACAUAACUCGCGUUGUACGUAUGUUAUAAUGCCUGGUAGCAUUUUAAUAACCAGCCGUGCCUUUGGCUUUCCCCAUGGUUCAACUUUUGAAAAACGUUUCAAUAGAUUGCUGUUAAGAUUAAUAGAGACCGGUAUCAUACAUCGUACGAAGCAAGAAGAUCUGCCAUUAGCUGAAAUCUGUCCAGUUGAUCUUCGUUCAAGCGAGAGACAAUUGCGAAAUACUGAUCUUCUUUUAACAUACAAAGUUGUCGUGGGUGGAUAUACAAUUGCUGCAAUUAUCUUUUUAUUUGAAUUUAUUUACGCGUUUAUAUUGUACCGAGUACAAAAUGGUAAAAGAAAAGCAUGCUGCUAUCUGCCUUGUUGUGGUCCAAACAAAAGACCACAAAAUCCUUUAAAUAGCAAUCUUCCAGCACAAAAUUAUAUGAUGAUGUUAAAAAGAAGUCCUCCAGCGAUUUAUCAACAUCCUGACAAUGUUUUGAUACAAAAAAAGCAACAAUUUAUCAAUGGAAGAAGUUAUUAUGUGGUUACUAAUCCAUAUGGUGAUCGAAAAUUAAUUCCUAUUAGAACUCCUUCUGCUUUUUUAUUUCAAUAUGCAGCCUGAUCAUAUUAAAAAUAUGUAAGAAAUACAAAAAUAUUUUUUGUAUGUAGCAUUACAUGUUGAAAUGCUAAAAUUAUUUAAAA